GUGCGGGUGAGAGCCGGCGGAGGCGAUGAUGAACAGGUUCCGAAAGUGGCUGUACAAGCCCAAGAGGUCAGAUCCACAACUUCUUGCUCAGUUUUACUAUGCAGAUGAAGAGUUAAAUCAAGUUGCUGCUGAAUUGGACAGCUUGGAUGGAAGAAAAGAUCCACAGAGAUGCACAUUGCUAGUCAACCAGUUUCGUUCAUGUCAGGAUAAUGUGUUAAACAUUAUAAAUCAGAUAAUGGAUGAAUGCAUUCCAAGUGAUCGAGCAAAUCGGGAUUUUUGUGUUAAGUUCCCAGAGGAGAUACGUCAUGAUAAUCUGGCUGGUCAGCUUUGGUUUGGGGCAGAGUGCUUGUCUGCAGGUUCAAUUAUCAUGAAUCGUGAAAUAGAGAGCAUGGCUAUGAGGCCACUAGCUAAGGAUCUGACACGUAGCUUGGAAGAACUUAGAAACCUCAUUCGGGACCAAGCCUUAAGAGAUUUAAAUAUUUAUACUGAAAAAAUGAAAGAGUCUCUCAAACAUUUUGAUGUCCUAUUUGCUGAAUUUGAGUUGAGUUAUGUCUCAGCCAUGGUACCAGUAAAAUCGCCAAAAGAAUAUUAUGUACAACAGGAGGUAAUCGUGCUUUUUUGCGAAACAGUGGAGAGAGCUCUAAAGCUUGGAUACCUCACUCAAGACAUGAUUGAUGACUAUGAACCAGCAUUAAUGUUUACAAUUCCAAGAUUAGCCAUUGUAUGUGGGCUUGUAGUUUACUCUGAAGGACCUUUGAACCUGGACCGUAAGGCAGAAGAUAUGUCUGAGCUGUUUAGACCCUUCCACACUUUGCUAAGAAAAAUAAGAGAUUUACUGCAAACAUUGACUGAAGAAGAACUACACACACUUGAACGGAACCUUUGCAUAUCCCAAGAUAUGGAGUUCUCUGUCAGAACAGAUCCUGAAGUGCCCUCUGUCAUUGCACCCACUUUAGCUGCGACUUUCCCUCCUGAGCAGCUUUCUGUCACAGCAGAAAAUACAGAGGCCGAAUUAGCCUGCUCAAUGCAAUAUGAUGAGCAGGAGCUGGAACAGCUGAAUCAGAUGGUUCACAGGGUAGGAGAUGAAAUGUCGUCUCUCCUUUCUCCACCCAGCGUGUGCCAGUCUCCAGCACAUAGAGCUGGCCUACGAAACAACUCGAGCACAGAGGCCUCACCAAGAAGGUCAAAUCUUGAGCAUUUAAAUGAUGACGAGGACAGAGUCUUUUUUAUGGAUGACCUUGAUGGAACAGGAGAAUCUCUUGCUAGGCCAGAGUCAGCUAGUGAAACUUUGGUUUGGGUCAACAGCACUUGUCAGGAUCUCCCAAAGGAAAGGGACACUCAGAAUUCAGAGAGUAAGGAAGCAGGAAAUGGUUUGCUCACAAAAGAAAUGGAAAGCGAUUUGAGCAAUAAUAAUAAUAUUGAAGAGAGUGAAAUGCAGAAAAUUGGACUCUCCAUCCAGAAUUCUUGCAGUUGUUUAGAUACACAGUUAUACCUCAAUGGCUGGGAUGUGAGUGCUGAGGAUGCAGAAACAGCAGAAAUAAUAGCCCAUCGGACUGGUGGAAUGAAGAUAUCUGCUACUGUCAUAUUUAAUCCUAAAUCUCCUACUUCUUCUGAUUCACCUGUAACUACACCAGAGGUACCGAGUGAUUGUGUUCCUGUACCCAACUCGAGAGGCGACGAAGAGGAAAAUGAAUCCCAUCAGCUCGGCAUUGCCGCCACCAAUUGUCUCAUUAACUCGUGCGUGUGUUGUGGUAGCUGUGAGGACAACAGGGAGGAUAAUAUAGAAAGAUUAAAGAGUAAAUGUGCUCCAGGAAAAGUUAUAAAAAAUGCCUCUUAUAGUCUAGUCAAGUCUAAAGAAAAGGACCACACAGAUAAGUCAGCUAAUUCAGCAUCCACUCCAGAGACACUAAAAACUGAAUCUGUCCCUACGGAAAGAGACUGUGACCAGCCAGAAUCUAAACACACUCAUUCCUCCAAGUGCCUGGCGCAGAACUCAGGUUCACAAGUGGAAAGUGAUGAUGGGUCGCGCAUCGAAGGGGAUGUGUCAGGUCGGCAGAAACAGGAUGAAAAAAGAAGACAGCCAAGUGAAAAGCAUUCAGAGGCCAGAAAGCAAAGUAGAAGCAAAAGGACAGGUAAAGAUGGAAUAAAAGCAAGGCCUAGUUCCAGCAGCAUCAAGACCGGCCCCUGUUCUUCAGAAGGCCCUGACCAGGAGGAGAUCCAGCUGGCCUUACACGCCGCGAAAAGGGCUACGAGGGAAAAGAUCAGAUCCAGGUUUCACAGCAGCAGUGACUUGAUCCACCGGCUUUUUGUCUGCAUAUCAGGAGUUGCUGAUCAACUGCAAACAAAUUAUGCAAGUGAUUUACGAAGUAUUCUCAAGACCUUAUUUGAAGUUAUGGCAACUAAGCCAGACACAGAAGAUGGGGAAAAGUUGAAGAAGGUAAAUCAGAAUUUAAGAAGUGCAGCUCUGGAAGACUGUGCCCUUUGCCAGGAAACAAUAUCUUCUUCUGAACUUGCAGCAAAGGCAAGAGAUGGAGAUUUUGAAGAUCCUCCUGAGUGGGUACCAGAUGAAGCCUGUAGCUACUGCACAGCAUGCAAAGCGCCUUUCACCGUCAUUCGGAGGAAGCACCACUGCAGGAGCUGUGGCAAGAUUUUCUGUUCCCGCUGCUCUUCGCACUCUGCACCGUUACCUCGUUAUGGUCAGAUGAAACCUGUCCGUGUUUGCACUCACUGUUACAUGUUCCAUGUCACGCCGUUUUACAGUGACAAAGCUGGAAUUUGACAUAUUAAACUAGUGAUCUAUUUAAUGGAGUCAUACAUGGACUAAAAUUCUAUGUGACUUAAGCCAAGAAUUAACUGGAAAGAAGGCCCUUGUCAGGAACAUGUAGGCUUUAAGCAUCCAUCAUAAUAUAUUUUCUCCAGAUGGUU